AUGGCAAAGAAAAGAAAGGCGGCCAGACAGCCGACGGGUCCGACGGGCCCCAAGGAGUAUGAUGCGGCCGAUGCCCGGCUGGGCCCCAUCACCACACACGCAGACGUGGCCGACGAGCAGGAGGAGUACUUCCUGGACAAGGACAAGAUCAUGUUUGACGACGAGCCGGGCACCAAGCGCCAGCGGAGAAUAGAACAGGAAGACGAAUUUCUCGAGCUAUCUGACGACGAGGUGCUUGCUGCCGACUCAGACGACUCAGACGAUUCCGAAGCCGAGCGUCGGGCAGCCAGCAAAAAGGCUAAAGGCAACACGAAAAAGGGACGUUCUGCCACCAGCGACGACGGGUCGGACGGCGAGGAUGCGGCCGGCGACGAGGACGGCGACCAGGGCUGGUGGGGCGCGUCGAAGAAGGAGUACUACGACGGCGAGGUGAUCGAGACGGAGGACAACGCACUUGAGGAAGAGGAGGAGGCCCGACGGCUGCAGAAGAAGCAGCUUUCGCGUAUGGCGGCCGAAGACUUUUUUGACGCGGACGAUUGGAACACGGACGGUGCGGCCACGGGAGAGGCUGACAAGACCGGUGCAGCCGCAGCUGGCGCAGUAGUGACAGUGACGAUGAAGACGGCCGAGGAGAUCGACGGCAUGUCGGCCGAGGAACGUUACGAGCUGCUCAAGACGCUGUACCCCGAGUUCGACUACGUGUGCGACGAGUUUGCUGAGCUGGAGCCGCUGCUCAACGAGUACAAGAAGGCGGCCGAGGGCAAGGCCGGCAACACGCUCGAGGCCAUCCAGUACCGCGUGCUCGGCUGCUACGUGUCGACGAUGGCACUGUACUUCUCGCUGCUCAUGGCACCGGCACGGGAUAAGCCGACGGGGUCGCAGUUCCUGAUGGACCCGGAGGAGCUGCACAGCCACGAGGUGAUGGAGUACCUCAUGGACAGCCGGCAGACGUGGGAACGGGUGAAGCACGUGCAGGCACGCCGGCAAGAAACGGGCGGUGCCGGGAGAGAGAGCAAGGCAGAAGAGAAGACGGUUAUGGCGGACGAGCUGCCGCAGGAGAAGGCGAGGAGCGAGGAGCCGGCCGAAAAGCGGCAGAAGAAAGAGCGGAAGGACAAGGCGAAGAAGGAAACGAAAGAAAAGAAGCGGACGGCGGCGGUGUCGAAGGAAGUGGAGAAAUCGAUUGCAGACCUGUCGACGCUGCUGGCGAAGAACAAGAAGAAGCGGGCGACAUUGGCGGCGACGACAACGCCGACGACGACGAGCAGCAGCAAGAAGGAGGAGGAAGACAGCGACGACGAUGCGGACGCCGACUUUGGCGAGGAGGAGUCGAUGGAUGCGCGCACGGCAGCGGAAAAGCUGAAGCGCAAGAAGAGUCUGGGCUUCUACACGUCGCAGAUCAUGCAAAAGGCCAACCGGCGAGCCGACGCAGGCGGACAAGCAGGUGGCGAUCUGGACAUUCCGUACCGCGAGCGGCUUCGAGACCGCCAAGCCCGACUGAACGCGGCAGCGGUACGGCGGGGACAAGACGAAGCCGGGCCAGGCGAGGAGCUCGGGGCAGACGAGGCAGAAGACGAACAGGACAGAGACGACAGCCGGGCAGCCAAGGACGCCGAUCUGGCGUACUACAACAGCUUUGUGCAGGCGCACCGACAGAAGAUGGACGGCAAGGCGGCGCGCCAGGCGGAAGUGCAGGCCGGGCGGCUGGACCGCGUGGACGCGGCCAUGGGUGCGGACGAGGACGGACGGCGACAGAUCUCGUGGGAGAUUGAGAAGAACAAGGGCCUGAGCCACAAGACGCUCAAGGAGAAGAAGAACAACCCGCGGGUGAAGAAGAGGAUCAAGUUUGAGAAGAAGACGAAGCAGAUGGCGAGCAAGCGGGCCGUGUACAAGGGCGGCAACGACCGCAACAACUACCAGGGUGAGCUGACCGGCAUCAAGACUGGUCUGGUCCGCAGUAUCAAGCUGUCAUAA